UAAAGAAGAUUCCAUGUGUCUAUUUACACACGUAUUCUUUUUUGACCAGUUGAGAAACUUUUCUGAACUUCUAAGCUGUGACAGAAAGAGAAUCUUAGAUGUUGGCGAUGGAAUUUGCGAACUGCAGUUUGGUGCCGCAUGGGUCUGAAGCGGGCCUUAUUAUAUUCCAGCGUGUGGCCUACACACCUGUGUUCAUUGUAGGCCUCAUCCUGAAUACCUUAGUCUUGUGGCGCUUUACACGCAUCCCCAAGUGGACGGAAACUCAUAUCUUCAUGCUCAACCUCCUACUUGCAGACCUUCUACUGACCCUUUUCCUGCCCUUCCGCAUAUUCGAAACUUACUGCCCAAUAAAACCGACGCGCUUCUGUACAUUUCUGAUAUCUGUGCAUUACAUCAACAUGUACGUCAGCAUUUUUACAAUCACAGCAAUCAGCGUCCAUCGUUACAUAGCCAUCAGGUUCCCCAUGCACAGCAAAUCUGGGACAGGAGCUUCAGAGGACAGGAGAAAGAAGAUAACAAGUGGAGCAUGUGCUUUCAUCUGGGUCUUAGUCAUAACUAUCAACAUUACAUUCAGGGAAAAUAUGUAUCCUGAAUUUUUAAAGACAUGUUAUGAGCUCAAAGGAUGGCGUAAGAUGAGCCUGGGUUUCUUAUUGGUUCUUGAGAUCAUUGGGUAUCUUUUGCCGAUAGUCACUAUCACAAUUUGUUCAACACAAACAAUCUGGACAGUGCUGAACUCGGUAAAAGACAUCCGUCAGCGCACAGAGGAGGACAUUAGCGUCACAAGGAAAAGAGCUGUGGCCAUAAUCAAAGCGAACAUGAUUGUUUUUAUUGUCUGCUUUACCCCCAUCCAUGUUGCUUAUUUGCUAAGAUACAUUUUUGAAGAAAAAUAUAUAUACACCCAUAUAUUUUAUGAUAUUUCUGAGUGGUUAGCAACAACAAAUUGCUGCCUGGAUUCUGUGGGAUAUUACUUCUUGUUGAAAAAGGUUUUCAGAGACAAAAGAUAGCAUAUGAGCUUAGUUUUCAGUGUUUCAUUUAUAUAGCACCUUUCAACUCCUUCCAUAUACUAGUAUAUGACUAUACUAGUUAUAAAAAGCCUCGACAUUCAUCUAAGCAUGAGAUGAUGAAACAUGAAACAAGUUUUCAGUGUGUUACAAUAAGUUUCAGAUGAUGGUGAGUAAGAUAUUGGAUGAUGAUUUUUAUUUUUAUUUUUAAUCAGAUAACAAGGAAGGAAAUUACAAUUGAGUAAUCAUUUGACAUAUAAUUUGACAUUUACUUUUUAGAAAGUAUAUGGGACAUACUGGUGCAAACACAAGUACAGACUACAUGACCAGAUAUACAUGAAAUCCUAAAAAAGGAUCCAUGACUUUAUUUGAAAAUAAAUGAAUGUGUGUAAAUGAAUGUAUAAAAGAAAAUCCUGUGUAAAAAUAAAACCUCAUGAAAAUCCUACAUGUACAAAAUAUCAAUUUUACAUGUGAAUCAUAUUGAUUAUUCACAUGUGGCAUUCAUACAACAGUUUCCAUAAAGGUUGACUACAGAACAAAUAUUGUUUGACUAUAUAUUGUUAAUUGCUAUAGUGGGGAUUAAAACUGUAAAAGUAACUGACAAAAACACAUCAACCAUUAAAACGUAUUUUUAUUAGCAAGUUCAUACUAACCUGGUUUAUAUACAGUACCAUAUUGUAUACAACUAAAUACUAAUGGGAAUGGUUUGAACCAGGGCAUAUUAAAAGGAACUGUGAAGCAUGUCACAAUAGCUUUGCUAAUCGAGCCUAUGUGGUCUACAUCUGUUUCUAUUCUUGUACCACUUAGUGGCUUAGAUGCCUUUUCUCGUAUAUGCACCUAUUUCAUGAUAAUAUCAGCUGCAUGACACGCUAUUUAAAGUUAUAGAGCUCUUCGGUAUGACCCAUUCUAUUGCCAGUGGCUGACUAUAGAGAUUACACUUCCAUUAGUCAGUGGUGGACACUACAAAGUAAAUGUAAUUUGUUUCUGUACUUAAGUAGCAUUUUUGCGUAUCUGUACUUAAAUGAAGUAUUUCCAUUUGGGGAGAUUUUAACUUCACUACAUUUAAAUAGUCAAAUAUCUUUCUACUUAACUACAUUUUGCGAAAUCAGUUGUUCCUUUUAAUUUACGAGUGCAUGAAAACUUAACUAGUCAAGCAUGCAGAAAGACCUAUCAGGAGAGAGCACAUGCUCUGUUUUGAACUUGUUUUGAUUGUCGCUUGGCGUUAUCUACUUAUCACUACCAGACAGUAUCAGUUUAACAGCAAGCAGAACAUUUUUAGAGUAAUAAAUGAUGGAAAUCUAACUUGUCACAACAACCAUGACUUUAUUUGCAUGACUUUUGUUGAAGUAGUUGAAUAGAAUGUUUUGGGCUGAUGAAAAUUUGAAUAGAUAUAAUUCAUUGUUUGACUAAUAAAUAUCAUUCUACUUAUAGAUAAGUGUGCUAAGAAUAACAUUAAAGUCUUUUUACAUAAACUAAGUUGAUUUAGUAAAAGUCCUGUGACACAAAUGAUAAUAGGAACAUUAUAGCUAUAAUAAAUCAUAGUACUUUGGAUACUUAAGUACAUUUGAAGGCAAAUACUUGUGUACUUUACUC